AUGGGAUGUAUAAUUAAUUAUAAGGAGUCAUUAAAUGUCACUAUACCGCGAUAACCAUUAUAAGAAGAACCUUAUAAAAAUAAUCAUUUCAGAAAUGCCAAAUUGAUUUAUAAUGAAUAAGAAUACACAGAUGAGGUUUUCUAAAGAAUCAAUAUCAAUUUAUCAAAAGAUCCAUGUAGAUUUGAAGCAUUAAAAAAUUAUUAAUGGAAGAGAAUAGCUAAAUCAAAUAUCAAUUAGAAUUUAUGUCGUGAAUUUUAGUACUUGUAAAUCAUAAAGGGAGAGUUGAAAAAUGAUUAAUUUUUAAAUGCCUUAAGAAUCCUUUCGUUCUAUGAUGUAACCAUACGAAAAAUAUUUUUAAUAAAACAGAUCUAGAGCAAUUGCUAAUAUAGGAUAGUUUUAAAUUAAUAAGGAUUCUGGUAAGAAAUUGUGAUUGAUGAUUAUCUGCCUUUUAAUAUGAGUGGUAAACCACUUUUCUCUUUCUAUGAUGGUGAAGAUUAUUGGGUUUAGUUGAUUGAGAAAGCCUUUUCAAAGAUCUAUGGUUGUUAUGAAAAGUUAGAAUAGGUUGAUAUGGCGAAUGAAAUAAUAAGAGAUAUUACAGGAGCGCCAUAUUUAGUGCUAGAUGAGUAAGAGUUCAACCAUUAGGUUAGCAACUAUGUUAACUUGUAAAACGUCUUUUAUUUAAUGGAUGAAAAAAAGGAUAUAUUUUUGAUGUAAAGGCAUGAAGAGAGUAAUUAUUUUUUAGAUUUACAACGCAAGGUUAAACUAAUUAUAAAUGAUUUUAGUAAUUAUAAGCUUUUUUUUAUCCCUUUUGAUGAAUACUACAUCUAAAUUACAUAAUAAAUAGAAAUCCCAAUUAAAAAUUAGUAGGUUAAGUAAGUAAUAUAAAUGACGAUACAGCAGUAAUGUCACGCCUUCAUCACUGUGUCUUAACAGGAUUUAAAGGUAUGCAAUCAAAAUUACUAUGCUCAACUUCACAUUACAAUAGUUGAAGAUAAUAAAAAUAGGAAAAACUUUAAAUUUAUUCAUAGUAAGUAUUAGCAAGUGAGGGAUUUAACAAUUGAAUGCAAUUUAGCUAUUGGAUCAUAUUUAAUUUAUAUUGAAGCCUUUUGGUAAUCAUAAACUAACUAUAAAUUAAAUAUAUAAUCAUAUGGCAAUUGUUAAGUAUAUUUUACAUAGCUGAGUAAGAUGAGAGAAAAUGAAAAAUUAGACUUGUUAAAUGAAAUAAUAUAUUCCCAUUCAAAAAGUUAAAACAAAAGAAUAUAUGGUAAUGAUCAAUUAUAUAGUGUGUAAUCGUAGAUUGGUAGGUAUAAAUAUAUUCUAUUUGAAAAUAACACUCUAAAUUAAACUUUAAAAGUUUUUUUUAAAUUAAUGAAACAUCUUGUAAUUGUUAAUUUUCCAUAUAAUGAUCAAUCAAAUUAACUGAUACAAGUCCUACCUAAUGAAAGGAAAUUAGUAUCAUUUUAAAUUCUCUUGGAAAACGAAGACAAACAUAAUUUUAGUGUAGAGGAGGAAAAUUUUGAAAUUUUAGGACCCUUAACAGAUUAUUAAUUAAUAGAAAAAGCAAUAAAUGAACCCACAUCAAUCAUUUAAAGAAAUGAAUAUAUGAAAAUAUAUAAUUUGAGAUUAGAUGAUGAGUACGCUUUGGUUUAUGUAAAUAAUUCUGAAUAGAAUUAAAUUAAUAAAUUUAAGUUAUAAAGGGAACCGAAACCCAGCACCAUUUAAUGUAGAGGUAUUACCAAAACAACAAAAGUUGUUACGAUUUUAUAAACUUGA